CCGGUCUGACUCCGGGCCGCUGACAAUCAACAGCCACCCACCAUUACCUAAUAAUCGCUGUUUAUAAGCUGCCCAGUCAUCCCCAACAACGCUGAUGUCUGUUUGACCACCUCCAGUUUCAACCGUCUUUCGAACACGAAAGGCAACAUCAUCAUCAUCAACCUUGAAUAUGGAGAAGGGAAUCUCUCUCCCGGUGGCCUACACGCCCCCGCCGGCCCAGGCAUCCACCACCCGAUGCAAGUCCCUCAAGACCGUCGCCAAAGCCCUCGCCCUCGGUCUUCCGCUCUACGCCCUCUACGCCUGGCACACCAACCAAGCAAUCAUUCCAUCUCUCUCCCGCGCAAAUGUCAACUUUGCCUCCCAAUGCGAGCAACCUCCUCCGCUCAAGCCCAGCCAAGAUGAGAAGCUCGACGAGGCCUACGACUUUCUCUCCACCGAGACAUUCCUCAACGCCUCGGUGGCCCGCCUGUCGGGCGCCGUGCGCGUCAAAUCCGAGUCCUUCGACGACCUCGGCGCCGUCGGCGAGGACCCCCGCUGGGACGUCUUCUACGACUUUGCCUCGUACCUCAAAAAGACCUUUCCCUUGAUCCACUCCAAGCUGCAAGUCGACAAGGUCAACACCCACGGCCUGCUCUACACCUGGGAAGGGUCCAACAAGGACCUCAAGCCGACCUUGCUCAUGGCCCACCAGGACACCGUCCCCGUCCCGCCCGAGACGAUCCCCGCCUGGACCUACCCGCCUUGGUCCGGCGAGUACGACGGCAAGUACAUCUGGGGUCGCGGCGCCGGGGAUUGCAAGAACCAGUUGAUCGCCAUCAUGGAGACGGUUGAGCUCCUGCUGGAAGCCGGGUGGGAGCCCAAACGCACCAUUUUGCUGUCUUUCGGUUUCGACGAGGAAUGCUCCGGUCGACAGGGCGCUGCUCAUCUCUCCAAGUUCAUCGAAGAGCGGUACGGGAAGGAUUCGCUGGCUGUGAUUGUCGACGAAGGCGCCGGCUUCGAAAAGACGUGGGGAACACUGUUUGCCAAACCGGGAACGGCCGAAAAGGGAUACACGGACGUUUACAUCACGGUGCGCAUGCCGGGCGGCCACUCGUCUAUCCCCUCGGACCACACCAGCAUUGGUGUUUUGAGCGAGCUCAUCACGCGCAUCGAAGCAGAGCAGUACCGCACCCAUUUAGAAGAGGAAAACCCGUACUUCACCCAAUUACAAUGCGGCGCAGCGCAUUCGCCUCACUUCUCACACAAACUCAAGAAACUGCUUGCCCACCGGAAGCGCCACUCCUCCUCUUUUUCCUCUUCUUCUGCUGUUGAAACCUGCAAAACAAAAGACUAUCUAGCCCUCGAAGCCGCGCGCGAAGGCGGCCCAGCCAUCAAAUACCUAAUGCAAACCUCUCAAGCAGUCGACGUCAUUUCGGGCGGCAUCAAAACCAACGCUCUUCCCGAACGUGUCCGCGCCACCAUCAACCACCGGAUCAACAUAGGCGAAACCCCCCAGGUCGUUUACGACCGUCUUACCAAGCUCGCCGCGCACGUCGCCAAGCGCCACGGCCUUGCCCUCCACGCUUUUGAUUCUAAUGAUGAUGAAGACGAGCAGCCCGAGCCACCCAACUCCCUGAUCCUCACCAAAUCCUCCCACGAACUCCUCGUCGCACCCAUCACCCCCUCCUUCCCCUCCAGUAGAGGACCCUUCGCGGUGUUAGCAGGAACCACCCGCGCCCUCUACGGUGAAGAGGUGAUUGUCACCCCUGGGAUCAUGACGGGCAAUACAGACACACGAUAUUACUGGGACGUGACGAGACAUAUAUUCCGGUGGGGACCGGGGUAUGACCCCGCCGAUGACGAUGCUGGGUUUGGAAACAUUCACACGGUAAAUGAGCGGGUGAGUGUGAGGGCGCAUGUGAAUGGCGUGAAGUGGUUUUGGAUGUUUUUGAGGAAUAUGGAUGAGGUUGAGGUUGAGUGAGGUGGAUGGGUGGAUGUUGAUGGGUAGAAGAUGGGGGGGGGGGGGGGUGGAGCGGUGGGUCGAAUGGAUGGGGUGGAAAGAUGGAUGGGGUCUGGUGGAGGUUGAGUGGGACUCGAAGGAAUAGGAUGUACCUUAUAAAGAUGGGAAAAGAAAACACAACGUGAAGAGGGCGAUGGGUAUGGGAGAAAUGAAAACGAGAGGAAGUGGAAGAGAGGGGGAGGAAGGGACCGUUGUUUGAACGAUGGUGGUGGAAUGGAGGAUGCACGUGUUGAUGAUGCCGUACAUGAAUUGAUGAUGAAUUGAUGAAUGAUGAGUAGAGGUACCUGCAGUUUAUUCCUCUAGGAAAAGAAAUAUCAAAUGAAC